GUUAAAAAAGAAAAUCGCUUCAUUUGCCUUUCUUUGAAAACAGCUAUCGGUAACCACUUUAAGAUAUUCUCCUUUCGUGAUCUUCAUUACUUAGCCUAAUUCAAAGCUUCUAGGAUAUGAUCCUGACCGAUAUGAAAUCAGGUAUACUUAACGUUCUGUAUAUAACUCCAUUGAUGAAAUCCGACAAGAUCUCUGUGAUGAUUGCACGAUCAGUUUUGGCCAUUUUGUUGGUCGCAUCGACCGGAAGUUGCGACACAGAUUGCCGGAAGCUCAAUCACUUCUCGGAGGUCACAGCAUCGGAUCAGCUUCAGUUGGUAGACGUGGACCAGACGACGUACAAAGCAAUCGAAAACUUGUUCCUGCAGAACUGGAACUUUUCAAACGUUGGGAGAGGAAAAGACGCUAAAGGUAUAAGCUUUAAUCACGUGGAAGUUAUCGAUAUUAAGAAGAACGUUCAUCUGAGUAUGGAAUCGUACAACAAAAAGCUCAGGGAAAUCAAGAAUAUUAAAAAUAUUUCACCAGUUACUAGCGAGGUGGCGACUUCAAUAAACUUAAGUCCAGUUUUGUCCAGUCAGUUGAGUGCAGAGGCCAACGAAUAUUUCUUGUUUCACGGCACAAAAUGUUCGAGUGUAAACUGUAUUUUAACACAAGGUUUUAACGUGUCCUACUGCAAGUAUACCAUGCUGGGACAGGGGCUGUACUUCGCUGAGAAGGCCAUGAAAUCCGACCAGUACUCAGACCCGAGAGACAACAGAACAUCGCUGGGAACCAACCUGACAAUGAUACUCGCGAGAGUGAUCCUAGGCCCGUAUUUCGCCUGUAACAAACCGAAUUGUCUACAACCCUUCCCACCAUGCGAAAGUUUACCCUACAACGCCACAUCUCUUGUGUAUGAAGCAUCCUGGUCAUUAUUUCGAGAAUUCGUGGUCUACGAUGAUUCCCAGGCUUUCCCGGCAUACGUCAUAACAUACGUACGUGGAAAUCAGCCUGUUACCAAGUGGAGCCUAAUGACGUGGACACAGUAUGCCUUGUCUUCGUGUGCUGGGACUCUGUUGUAUAAAUUUUUAAAUAAAUAA